AUGGAAGUUGCUGAAACCUUCACAUUUGGACAUAUUGCAUAUUUGGUAUUUGAAUCCGUCUUACAAGUUGUUAUUAUAGCUUUCGCUGGGUUUUUCAGUGCACAUAGUGGUUUACUUCCUAAAAAGUCUCAGAAAGUUAUCUCCCUUAUAAAUGUGGACUUAUUUACACCAUGCCUGAUUUUUAGUAAGCUAGCUAAAUCACUUUCUAUGGCAAAGAUCCUAGAAGUUUCCAUCAUCCCUGUCUUCUUUGCUCUAACUACGGCAAUAUCGUAUGUUUCAGGGAAGAUCAUGGCCACUAUCCUAAAGUUGGAUACAGACGAAAGUAAUUUCGUAUUAGCUAAUUCCAUAUUUGGUAAUAGUAACUCCCUACCCGUUUCUUUGACAUUGUCACUAGCAUACACACUUCCUAAUCUAACGUGGGAUCAAAUUCCAAAUGAUAGCAGAGAUAAUGUGGCAUCAAGAGGUAUCCUUUAUUUACUAAUUUUUCAACAAAUUGGGCAGAUGUUAAGAUGGAGUUGGGGUUACAAUAAAUUAAUGAAGUGGUCUCAUGAGAAUCCGCACCUGAUGCCCUUAUCUCAACUUCAAAAUCAAGUUGAGCAACAAUCGGAGCAAGAAUCAUCUGACAUGCUCGCUUCCAGGGCAACAUCUGAAAUGUUAGAUGAGGGGCGCAUGGAUGGUAUUGUAACACCAAGUCCAUUGAGUUCUAGUAUAUUAACCAUCUCUACCGUUUUUACUAAAAUAAAAUCAUAUUUGAAUCCGCCAUUAUAUUCCAUGAUUAUAUCUAUUGUGGUUGCAGCCAUUACACCAUUACAAGAUGAAUUGUUUUAUAAGAACGGAUUUUUGAAUAAUACAUUCGGUGAAGCAGUUAUUCAAGUAGGUGCUGUAUCAAUUCCAUUGAUCUUGAUUGUCUUAGGUGCUAAUCUAUACCCAUCUUCUGAAAUUUUUCCAAGAACUCAUAAUCACAAGAAGUUGUUGAUUGGUUCUAUUAUUGGUCGUAUGAUACUACCAUCAUGUUUUUUGUUACCCAUUAUUGCUUGUGCUGUGAAGUACAUCAACGUCAGUAUUUUAGAUGAUCCAAUCUUUAUGAUUGUGGGCUUCCUUUUAACCGUUAGUCCUCCAGCUAUUCAGUUAACUCAAAUCACUCAAUUGAAUGAAUUUUUUGAAGCUGAAAUGGCUGACAUUUUGUUUUGGGGUUAUGUGGUACUGAGCUUGCCUGUUAGUAUCGUCGUUGUUUCUGCAUCAAUUUACGUUCUUCAAUGGGCUAAUCCACCAACUAUUUAA